CCAGGCGGGCGCCGAGUGGGGCCACACACUAGAGAGGUGCUUUCGGUCAGACCCAGCGGCGCCGGUUCCCAGCGAUGCCGAGGCCAGACCCGGACGCCUCGACUCUCUGAGUCGGUCUUAGCGCGGAAGGCACAGAGGGAGGCCAUGGCGGAGCCCUCCGAGCCCGGGCGGCAGGCGUCCGCGGGCGGCGGGAGCCUGGAGGAGGAGGACGAGGAGGACGAGGAGCUGGAGCCGCUGCUGCCGCGGCUCGCCUGGGCCCAGCCGCGGAAGGGCGCUCCGGGGAGCGCCGUGAGGCUGGAGAAGGCUGCCGGGGAGGAGGGCGCGGCCUCCCCUAACCAGGCCAGUGACCGGGAACUGCUGCUGCUGCCCAGGGAUGCGUCUUCCUCCUCUUCCCUGAGUUUGGGGCGCCUGCGGAGCUCGCCCAUCAACCUGGACCGGAACCGCCCCGUGGGUUCAGAGUUGAAUACGUUCUUGGAUGAUCCAGAAUUUGCUGAUGUUAUAUUGAAAGCAGAGCAAGCAAUAGAAUUUGGAGUUUAUCCAGAAAGAAUCUCGCAAGGUUCAAGUGGAAGUUACUUUGUGAAGGAUCCUAAGAGGAACAUUAUUGGUGUGUUUAAACCCAAAUCGGAAGAGCCUUAUGGUCACCUGAAUCCAAAAUGGACCAAAUAUGUUCAUAAGGUCUGCUGCCCUUGCUGCUUUGGCAGAGGCUGCCUGCUUCCUAAUCAGGGAUACCUUUCCGAAGCUGGUGCCUCCCUUGUAGAUGAAAAGCUUCAUCUGGGCAUUGUACCAAAAACAAGGGUGGUUUGGCUUGUCAGUGAGACAUUUAACUACAGUGCAAUUGACCGUGCAAAAUCUAGAGGCAAAAAGUAUGCUUUAGAGAAAGUGCCAAAAGUAGGUAGAAAAUUUCAUCGGAUAGGACUUCCUCCUAAGAUUGGUUCCUUUCAGUUAUUUGUUGAAGGUUACAAGGAGGCUGAAUAUUGGCUUAGGAAAUUUGAAGCUGACCCUUUGCCUGAGAAUAUUAGAAAACAAUUUCAGUCACAGUUUGAAAGAUUAGUUAUUUUGGAUUACCUCAUCAGAAAUACAGACAGGGGAAAUGAUAAUUGGUUAAUCAGAUGUGAAAACCAGAAACAAGAAGAUGAAAUUACGGAAACAAAAUGGACUGAUGAUAAAGAAACAGUUAUUAAAAUAGCUGCAAUUGAUAAUGGUCUAGCAUUUCCUUUUAAACAUCCUGAUGAGUGGAGAGCAUAUCCAUUUCACUGGGCUUGGCUUCCUCAAGCAAAAGUUCCUUUUUCUGAAGAAAUAAGAAACUUGGUUCUACCAUAUAUUUCUGACAUGAACUUUGUGCAAGAUUUAUGUGAAGAUCUUUAUGAACUUUUUAAGACUGACAGAAGAUUUGACAAAGCCACUUUUGAAAGGCAGAUGUCUGUGAUGAGGGGUCAGAUCUUAAAUCUUACUCAGGCAUUGAAAGACAGGAGGAGUCCUGUCCAGCUAGUACAGAUGCCUUGUGUGAUUGUGGAGCGCAGCCAAGGUGGAGGUCAGGGUCGGAUCGUCCACCUCAGCAAUUCAUUCACCCAGACUGUCCACUGCAGGAAGCCUUUUUUUUCCUCCUGGUAGCAGAUGUGAGAGAAAGAAAGUGUUUGGCAUUAUUGUGUUGUUACAACAUUACCGCCCUGUAAACCUGCUGGUAAGAGCUCCAGUUGCCAAAACCUCAAAUAAUAUAAGUUUCUAAAAGGUUUUCUUUUGAAUGUAAUUGAAGUUUACAGUUUUUUGUCCAAAUAUUAAAUUUCUAUUUCAGGGAAGAAGUGAUAUAUCUCCUAUGUCGUAUUUUUAUAGAAAAACUGUAUUUUAUGUGGUUGAUGUUAGUUUCAGAGGUAAUUUCAUAGUUUACACAUUCUGGAAUGACUAUAAUUACUCUAGAAUUCCAAACAGAAAAAUAAGGUGUUUGUUGACUUUGAAUACAAUAAAUUUUUAUAUACUUUUUUAAUAUUGAGAAGAAUGGUCAUGUUAACUCUUUUUACAUUAUGAAAGGCCUUUGAGGAUGAAACUGCUCUUAUGAGCUUUAGUAGAGUAGUUAAUAGAAAAUAGUUAAGAAUAAAACAAUGUUGCCUUAAUUUUAAAAGCUGCUAUUUUAGAACUUGAAUAAAUGCUCCUAAAGUGACCAUUAUUAGGGACCAGAAAAUUAUAUUUCAAGUUACCAAUGACCAUUUUCUUUUUUGUACUUCAGAAUAUUUUUGGUCAAUUAUUUUGUUAUAGUGAGGGAAAAAAAAAUCUAACGCUAUCUCCCCCUUUAAAAAAAUGGAAACACUCAACUGAGACUUGAGGGGAAUAAUAUGAAAUUAAGAUCCCCAGUAUUUUGAAAUUCCAGAAUAGCAUUAAAAAUUCCCUUCUGUUUCUUACAUGGGAUCAAUACUGAAUCAGUUAGUACCUCAGAGUACUGAUCUCAUUCAAUUUAGUACUUCAAUUAGUAUUAAACUUCACUGAAAGGUAAACCAUAACUCAAACUGUAUAUUGAGUUGCAUUUUCAGGUCCUAGGACAUAACCUCUUAAAAAUAAUAGUAGUGUUGCAGGGUACUUGAAAUUACUGAUGUGAUUAUAAUUACAGUCAACUUUAGACUGCUAGUCCCAACUAAAGGGGAACAUAACAGAGAUAACCAUUAAGUCAUUUUUAUUUGAUUUUGAAUAUCAGUAUUUCUGACAUCCUGGGAAUUUGUAGUACUUUUAACUUACCAAGUGAUUGAAAUUGAGAUGAGCCCAUUAUGAAGAUUUGAUCCCAAAGAAGCAGGAGCUUCAUUCUCUUCUUAGGCUCCAAACAAAUAACAUCACCACUCAGACUAAACUGGGCAGUUUGUGGUCUUGGCCUUUUGUUGUUAAGCUUUCUGUCCUGUAAUUUUUUAAAUUAAGUUAUUUUUAUGUAAAAAGUUAUUUCCUGAAGGUUUAAUUAGGAUGGAAGUCAGAUCUGCCGUUCUCCCUUCCUACACAUCUUUCUCUUGGUCUACGUGGAUGUGAUGAGUGAGGAUACUGCUCUCCUAGUGGAAGUCCAUUGGAAACCUGUGUUCUCCU